AUGGUUGCCAGACUCUAUCCACUUGUUCAACCCAAGCCCGUGCCUCAGGGUACACCAGAAUUUGAGGCGAAGCGAAGUGCUUUGCUCAAGACUUUCUACGAAAAGAUUCCUCAGGAGUAUUACCUUCCUCAGGAGCUUCUCAGCAACCCUCCCCUGGAUGUCUCUGAGAUCCCACGUACUUGUGGAAUCUUGACUCCUGAGGAGAUUGAAAUUACGGAAAACUACGAUGCAGUGAGCCUGGCCGAGGCCAUUGCCUCCAAGAAGUAUUCAGCAGUGACUGUGGCCACAGCGUUUUCAAAGCGCGCCAUCAUUUCGCAUCAACUCACAUGUUGCCUGACUCAAUGGUUUAUGGACGAUGCUGUCAAACAGGCAAAACAGCUUGACGAGUAUCUUGAGAAAAAUGGCAAGACCAUUGGCCCUCUCCAUGGUGUUCCCAUCAGCAUUAAAGAUCAUAUGCCCAUUGCGGGGACAUAUUCAUCAAUGGGAUUCUUCGCCAGUAUUGUCAAAAAUGACAGCGACAGUCAGAUGAUUAAAAUUCUUCGCAACCUUGGAGCUGUCUUCUACUGCAAGACAAACCAGCCACAAACACUGAUGCACUUAGAGAGCGACUCGCAUUGGGGCCGUGUUCUCAACCCUUUCAAUAUUCAUCUCUCUGCCGGAGGCUCUACAGGCGGCGAAGCCGCAUUGGUCGCAAUGAAAGGCUCUGUUCUGGGUGUCGGCACUGACAUCGGUGGCAGCAUCCGUGGACCAUCUGCGUUCUGUGGUAUAUAUGGAUUUAAGCCCACUUCAUAUACGCUGCCCAUGAAAGGCUUCCUCGCAGGGACAUUUCCUGCAGAACUCAAUAUUUUGUGCUCAUCAGGCCCGAUGUGUCGCUCACUGAGAGAUGUGGAAUUCUUCACCAAGAACGUCAUUGCCGCAAAACCCCAUCUUGAAGACCCCAGAAUCGUCCCAAUCCCGUGGACGGGAAUGGAAACUCCAAUGCCCAAACGGCUCAAGGUGGGAAUCGUCAAUAACGACGGUUUCAUCGAGCCUCAACCUCCAGUCAAGAGAGCAAUCAAAUGGGCUCGAGAUCUCCUCUCCGACCCAAAAUACGCCGAUAUCAUUGAAGUCAAGGACUUCACUCCCUAUGGUGCUGCUGGAGCCUGGUCCCAAAUUCGUAAAACUUACUGGCCAGACGGCGGUCAGUUUGAGCGUGACAUGAUUAGCUCAACAGGCGAGCCUAUUCAUCCCCUGAGCCACUGGAUCUGGAAAGAUGCCGAACCUCUAGGCAUGCGAGACGCCGUGACUGUCAGUGCACAACGUGGUGAACGCGAUGACUUCCGCAUUGCGUUCGCUGCCAGCUGGGAAGCCCAAGAUGUUGACGUGAUCAUUGGCCCUGCCUUCGUGGGCCCAGCAUCAGCCCAUGAUACAGCCUUUUACUGGACAUAUACUUCGCUCUAUAACUACGUCGACUACCCUGGAGUGGUUAUCCCCACCCCGAUUAAGGCAGAAGCCGAAGAGUCAUACGCUUCCGACUAUGUUCCCCUAAGCGAGGCUUGUUCGCAUGUCAAGGAGCUCUGGGGAGAGACCAACUUUGUUGGAGCGCCAGUGGACCUCCAAGUCAAUGCGAGGAAGUAUCACGAUAACCAGUUGUUGGGCGCUCUAGCAGUCUUGAAGGAUGUCCUCCAGCUGCCAUAA